UUGGUGACGUCGCAGAUAUGAGGAUGAUACAUCCUCAUACCUCAUACCUUAUUUUUGCUUAAUACUUACACCAAUACUUGUCUGUCAAUUUGGAAGAGGUUAUAUUUAUGUCAGUAAAGAACAGUGAUAAUACAACUAAGGGUAUAUGACAGCCUGCCGAAAAAUGGGGCGUAAAUUUUUUCUUUGAUGGGUAAUUAGCUGUCCAAAUUGGAUCCAUUUAAUUCAUUAAAUGAUAUAGCAGACCAUUUUUUUUGCAAAAAUGCAGAGUGAUGACGCACAGCGGCGCGUACUGUUUGACAGUCGAGCUGCAAUUCAACGCUCUAAUCAAUCGGUGAUUAAAUCCCAUGCAGUGGCUAUUGAGACAGAACAGAUAGGGACAGAGGUGAUUUCCGAAUUGGGUAGUCAGAGAGAAACAUUGCUUCAGGCAAAGUCAAGACUGACUGACACGGAUCAGGAAUUAGACAGAUCCAGGAAGAUCAUGAAUGCUAUGAGGAAGAGGAUAUUAACAAAUAAGUUCAUUUUGAUAUUGAUUAUAAUAUGUGAAGUAUCUAUUCUAGGAUGUUUGAUUUACAUAAAGUUUCGCUCGCAUUUUUAAAAAAGUAUCAAUUAUUUCUGUAAAAAGCUAACAUUGUUUUUAGUACUUCUGGGUUGUAACCCUCCAGAACGGGUGUUCCUCUAACAUAACCACCUACUUUAUAAAGAUCAAGUUUUGGCAGCA